GCGCCCCCCGCCCGGCCCGCCCCCUCCCCCUCUGGUGACAGAAAGUCGGCCCAGCAGAUGAGGAAGUGGCGGGCAGGCGGCCCUGGGGACUUCUCUCCGGCCCUGAUCCCUUUGAGCCCUUCACUGCUGCCCACCUGGCUCCCACUGAGUCCUUAGCCAGGAUGGAGGCUGUUGUGAACUUGUACCAGGAACUGAUGAAGCGUGCAGAUCCCCGGAUCCAAAGCUACCCUCUGAUGGGGUCCCCCUUGCUAAUAACUUCCAUCCUUCUGACCUAUGUGUACUUCGUCCUAUCGCUUGGGCCUCGAAUCAUGGCUAAUCGGAAGCCCUUCCAACUUCGAGGCUUCAUGAUUGUCUACAAUUUCUCACUGGUGACACUCUCCCUCUACAUUGUCUAUGAGUUUCUGAUGUCUGGUUGGCUGAGUACCUACACCUGGCGCUGUGACCCCGUAGACUUUUCCAAUAGCCCUGAAGCACUUCGGAUGGUUCGAGUGGCUUGGCUCUUCAUGCUUUCCAAGGUCAUUGAGCUGAUGGACACAGUGAUAUUCAUCCUCCGGAAGAAGGAUGGGCAAGUGACCUUCCUACACGUCUUCCAUCACUCAGUGCUUCCCUGGAGUUGGUGGUGGGGCAUCAAGAUUGCUCCAGGAGGAAUGGGCUCUUUCCAUGCCAUGAUAAACUCCUCUGUACAUGUUGUCAUGUACCUCUACUACGGAUUGUCUGCCCUUGGCCCCGUGGCUCAGCCCUACCUUUGGUGGAAGAAACAUAUGACAGCCAUUCAGCUGAUCCAGUUUGUCCUGGUCUCACUGCACAUCAGCCAAUACUACUUCAUGCCCAGCUGCAACUACCAGUACCCCAUCAUCAUCCACCUCAUCUGGAUGUAUGGCACCAUCUUCUUCGUACUGUUCUCCAAUUUCUGGUAUCACUCUUACACGAAGGGGAAGCGGCUGCCCCGUGCAGUCCAGCAAAAUGGAACUCCAGCUACCACCAAGGUCAAGGCCAACUGAGAAGCAUGACCUAGAUAUUGCCCACCUAAGUGCCUCAGGACUGCACCUUGGGCAGCAUCCACAAGUGUCCUCUCUACCUACACCUACGACCAGGGCUCUUGUGGUCAGGACUGAGUAGGCGGACUGGCUCUCCCCUCUCCACAGCUGGUCUACAGGGAUCACUGUUCCCAUUCCUUCUCCCAGCCAGCUCCAGGGAUGUGGCCUCACUGCUGUCUGCCACAACUGGAGGCUGAAAGGGCUGGACACUUACUUCCCCCUCCCUGCCUUAAAUUCGGGAGAGGAACACUCAGGGCUGGCCCGAACCCGGGUCUUGUGUGUGGCCUUUCUCCUCACACUGAAGAGGUCAGCAAUAAUCUGUCACUGUGGACUCAGGCUCCCUUUUCACUCCACACUGAAGCUUGAGCUUCUGGGCCAAAGGUCAGGAUGGGCAGGCAGCAGGCCUGGCAGUGCAGGCGGUGCACUCACUUGUGUCUUAAUUAAAGUGACAGGAAACCACUGA